UUGCUGAUAUUUGAUAUCUGCAGCUCCGGCAUGGAAUCCAAUCUAGACUGUUAAGAUGCACGUGACUACGCGGUGCCGCUGAACGCGUUUCUGACUUUCUCCGCGCAGGCGAAAAGUACUACUUUGGAAUUUCGGACGAAACUGCGAUAGCACGGCGCACAGCCCCAAUAUAGAGAUAUCCAGCAUUACACCAUGGGUAGCGAAGAGAUCUCUGAAUUCGAAAAGCAGCGUCUCGCGAAUAUCGCAGAGCGCGAUGCGCUGCUCAAGAAGUUAUCGCUGAAUGCGCAGUCCUCCGGCCUUUUCCCGCCGAAGAUGCCAAAUCGCUCAACGGGGGACCAAGCAAAGUCGAAGAAAAAGGCGAUCCCAAAGAAACCAAAGAAGGAAGAGGAGUCGCCUGCACCGCGGCGUAUGUCCUCACGACUGAGGGGUAUCGCGGCGGAAAGCGAGGUGGCGAAGCGGAAAUCAGAGGAGCAAAAUGCGUUCCAGGAGGCGGAGAGGGCGAAGAGGGUACGGAAGUCAGACUCUUUUUCGCUGAAUGAUAUUUUUGUUUCGGGGCAAAAGCUUAGCGGAGAUGGCCUGCUCGGUGUCGAUGUUGUCACGAAGGGCGUUGCGAUGCCUUACCAACGGACGUUUGGCGAUGAUGACAUUAAAAAGACCACGGAUAAAGAAUUAAAAGCAUUGAGGAAGGAAAUGAGUGACUUGCAGCUGUGGGAGCCUUGGGAGCCUAACCGAAUCAAGCUCACCCCUGAGCGAGUGUACACCAUGACGUUCCACCCUUCGGAGACGAAGCCAUUGAUCUUUGCUGGAGACAAGAUGGGUCAUCUCGGUGUCCUGGAUGCAUCACAGGAAAAGCCAACCUCAACUAAGAAGGAGGAGGACGAUGACGAAGACGACGACCCAGACCCCGUCCUGACCACUUUGAAACCACAUACCCGCACGAUAAGCUCCAUGGCGAUUCAUCCUUCCAAACCUACCUACCUUUAUACAGCUAGUUACGACGGCUCCAUCCGAGAAAUGGACCUGGAGAAGACAACAUCCGUGGAACGGUACGCCCCAGAUUCCACGUCAGAGGAUGUUCCGCUGUCUGGUUUGGAUAUGGCUGUCGAUGAUCCCAACACUCUCUAUUGGACUACCUUGGAGGGGGAGUUUGGUCGAUAUGAUAUACGUACACCUAAGACAGAUUCAGUAGCCGUCUGGCGCUUAUCCGAGAAGAAGAUAGGCGGCUUCUCGCUCUUCCCGGCGCACUCGCACUACUUUGCGACAGCUAGUUUGGAUCGCACUAUGCGACUUUGGGACAUCCGAAAGCUAUCACAUCGUGACCCUGUUCCUGUGGGGGAACACCAGAGUCGAUUGUCAGUUUCUCAUGCGGCGUUCAACAGCGCUGGUCAGGUUGCGACCUCAUCUUACGACGAUAGCUUGAAGUUGUACGACUUUGGUGCUAAAGGUAUUGCUUCCUGGAAGCCAGGGCAUACCCUUUCAGACCAAGAAAUGAAGCCUGAUACGGUGGUACGGCAUAACUGUCAAACUGGACGAUGGGUUACCAUUCUCCGUCCUCAGUGGCAACUAAAUCCCCAAUCGCAUAUCCAACGAUUCUGCGUCGGAAAUAUGAAUCGCUUCGUCGACGUUUACAGUAGUUCGGGUGACCAGCUGGCGCAACUUGGAGGCGAUGGCAUUACUGCCGUUCCUGCCGUUGCAGUCUUCCAUAGGAGCAAGAAUUGGAUAGCCGCUGGCACGGCUAGUGGAAAGAUCUGUUUGUGGAUGUGAAAAGCUAUCCCGUGAGCGUUUGUCUGCCUGUAUUUAUAUUCUUCGUUGCUUUUAUCUAUCCUCGAACAACCCGGAUUUAUCUGUAUCAUGAUGUUGGCUUUUUCGUUCAUUAUGCUAGACUCUCUGGGGGUGAACAAUUAUACCGGACGCAGGUUCAAUAUCAUAAGCCAUUCAUUCAUAACCCAAAAGAUGUUAUCCAACAGG